GGAAAGUAUGUGACGUAAGAGAGUGGGCGGUGUCUCCUGUUGUACUUCACUUUCAUUCAUCAGUGUGUUGGAGUAAAGUGCGUAAGUGCGCCGAGUCCUUCUCCUGAGACAGACACUCCAGCAGAACACGGGCAAGACAGUGAGUGUUCAGCAGCAGCAUGGCAGAAGCUCACCAGGCAGUGGCCUUUCAGUUUACUGUUACUCCAGAUGGCAUUGACCUGCACCUGUGUCAUGAAGCCUUACGGCAGAUCUAUCUUUCCGCCUUACACUCCUGGAAAAAGAGGUUCAUUAGGUUCAAGAAUGGUGUUAUGACCGGAGUUUAUCCUGGAAGUCCUUCUGGGCUCUUAGUUGUGGUUGGGGGUUAUAUGACUUACACAAAGUAUGCUAAUCUGGACCCAACUUUAGGACUCUUCAAUAAACUGACAACUCAUUUGCCAAUCAGUAAAUACAUAACAGAUGACACCCAGCAAAUCAUUGGUGGAAUGCUGAUUGGGACAGGGGUUUGGAUCACCAUCAUCUUUGUCAUGAGGAACGUUCUGAAAUCUCUGCUGUCCUGGCAUGGCUGGAUGUACAGUCGCCAUGGGUCCCUGUCCAUAAGAACCAAAAUUUGGCUUGUACUGGUGAAGUUGUUCUCUGGACCUAAGCCAAUGCUGUAUAGUUUCCAGAGUUCGUUGCCACGCCUACCCGUGCCUCCUGUGAAGCACACUGUGAAAAGAUACCUUGAAUCAGUGCGUCCUCUAAUGGAUGAUGAACAGUAUAAACGUAUGGAAGCACUAGCGAAGGACUUCGAAAACAACUUGGGCCCCAAACUCCAGUGGUACCUGAAGCUCAAGGCAUUUUGGGCCUCAAAUUAUGUCAGUGACUGGUGGGAGGAGUAUGUUUACCUGCGGGGACGUGGACCGAUCAUGGUCAACAGCAACUACUAUGCAAUGGACUUUCUGUACGUCUUCCCUACUCAUUUGCAAGCUGCCCGGGCGGGGAAUGCCAUCCACUCCAUCAUGCUUUACAGGAGGAAAUUGGACCGAGCUCAGAUCAAACCUGUUUACUUGCUGGAGAACAGAGUGCCGUUGUGUUCGGCACAGUGGGAGCGGAUGUUUAACACGUCUCGCAUCCCAAGCCUGGAGACAGAUACCAUCCAGCACGUGAACGAGAGCAAGCACAUUGUGGUUUAUCACAAGGGCCGCUUUUACAAGGUGUGGAUGUUUUACGACGGCCGCUUGCUGUUGCCCAGGGAGAUUGAGCAACAGAUGGAGAGGAUUCUGGCAGAUACAUCCAAACCCCAGUCUGGAGAGGAGACACUGGCUGCACUUACCGCAGGAGACAGAGUCCCUUGGGCGAAGGCCCGUACUGAGUUUUUCAGCAGGGGGAAGAACAAGCAGUCUCUGGACGCAGUGGAGAAGGCUGCUUUCUUUGUCACGCUGGACGACACAGAGCAGCGUUAUGAGCCUGAUAACCCUGUGCAGUCCCUCGACAGCUAUGCUAAAUCUCUGCUUCAUGGAAAAUGCCACGACAGAUGGUUUGACAAGUCCUUUAACCUGAUCGUAUUUAAGAAUGGCACAAUGGGUCUGAAUGCUGAGCAUACCUGGGCUGAUGCCCCCAUUGUGGGCCACCUGUGGGAGCAAGUGUUGUCUAUGGAUCCUGUAAAGCUGGGCUACACUGAAGAAGGCCACUGCCGCGGCAAACCACAUCCAAAUCUGCCUGGACCCCAGCGCCUCCAGUGGGAUAUUUCAGAAGAGUGUCAGUCUGUGAUCAGCAGCUCUCUGAAAGUGGCUAAUGCCUUAGCCGAUGAUGUAGACAUGCACAUCUUCCCCUUCAACAACUUUGGCAAAGGUUUAAUCAAGAAGUGCAAGACCAGCCCAGACGCCUUUAUUCAGAUCGCACUCCAGCUCGCUCACUUCCGGGAUAAGAAAAAGUUCUGCUUGACGUACGAAGCCUCCAUGACGCGGCUGUUCCGUGAAGGCCGCACCGAAACCGUUCGCUCCUGCACCAUGCAGACUUGUGAUUUUGUUCGUGCCAUGAUGGAUGAAAAACAGACAAGAGAAGAGAAGCUGAGACUUCUGAAGAUGGCAGCAGAAAAGCACCAGGACCUCUAUAGAAUGGCCAUGACUGGCAAAGGCAUCGAUCGUCAUCUUUUCUGCCUCUAUGUGGUGUCCAAGUACCUGGGAGAUGACUCAGCCUUCCUCAAAGAGGUGCUGUCUGAACCCUGGAGACUGUCCACCAGUCAGACUCCUCUACAGCAGAUAGAUCUCUUUGAUUUGAAGAAACACCCAGAGUAUGUCACCAGUGGAGGUGGCUUUGGACCGGUUGCAGAUGAUGGUUAUGGUGUGUCAUAUAUCAUUCUUGGAGAAGACCUCAUCAACUUCCACAUAUCCAGCAAGCAUUCCAGUCCAGAGACUGACUCUCACCGCUUCGGCAGCCACAUAAAGCAGGCCAUGCUCGACAUCCUUGCUCUCUUCGAGUUGGACAAGAAGGCUAUCAAAUGAACUGUACUUCUGUCUUCGUACAUUAAAGGGGCUUCAUUUCAGUGAAAUGCUCUGUUUGUUAGAAGAUUGUAAUUGUACUGUCGAUUUGUAAUUUAUGAUUGAUAAACCAAAAAUGAGAAUGUUAAAUAUCAUAAAUAAUGCAUGACAGAGGAAAUUUUAUUCAUGUAGUUUUCAGGUUUUAAGUAUGUACAUUUCAAUUGGGCCUUUAUCUAAAAUGGAUUGUUGCAUCUAUCUUUUUUUCCCCCUCUACUCAACAUGCUGAAAUUCUCAGCUUGUACAACCCGUAUUUUAUAUCAAACUUGAAUGGCAGUUGUCACUCCAAAACCUAAAUAAGACUCUGGGGAAAAUAACCACUGCCUUUCUGUGCUGUGUCAAUGCAAAGCAAAUUCAAUGCAAUGUUUUUUAGCAGUUAUUUUACUUGCACUGCUGAACCUAGGGGUUCAUGUAAUAGUGGCUAUGGUGAAGGACAGCCACUAGGGGGAAUCCUUAGAGAACUUAUGCUGUGAGAAUUUACUUGAAUUAAAUUAUUUCAAAUAUAUCACUGGCAUGAGUUUUCUAAUAGAAAUAAGUUUUGUUAUCAAUUACAACCAUGUUUUUGCAACAAUUCUAAAUGGCUCAAGAUUUUCUCUACAGCGACAUAUUAUAUUACAGAUCAAUAUCCAUUAAAACCAAUUCUUGUGAGCACAACUCGCAGGCAAUACAGUGUUUCUGAUUCUGAUUAUGAGAUAGUGGGUGAAAUCUACAUCAAGUAGCAUCAUGUGGGUAAAAAAGCAACUAACUCUGAAUACAAGCAGGGAAAACAUAUAGCUGUUUUGUGAACCGUUAAAAAAGUCUCCAGAAGUAAACUCUUGAGGUUACUGCAACUCUUUUCAAAUGAGUCUACAAAGAACAAGGGAUCUAUGAAAAUGUUUGUACCCAAGAGUCUCUUCUGAUUUGCUUUACUUGAUUAGUUGGAAUGGAACUUGUGAAACUGCAAUGUUGUAUAUGGAAAUUAAUGUAUUUAUAAGGCAUUAUCUACAGAAGCAGCAGUCACUGUCAGAUGAACAACUGUCAUGUUAAUAUUUUAGAACAACUCAUUAAGGCUUCCUGAAAUCUCCAAGAUAUUGCUUAAUCUCAUCCGAAGGAAAAAAAAUGGAAAUGUACACACUGAUGGAAUAAAUGUCAAUUCAAGUCUAUUAAAAUCUUCCUCCCAAAACUGAAUGUAAAUAAACUGCAUGUCUAAAUCUUUUAAAUUUGUUGUGUGUUCUAUAGAUGAUCCACAAAUAAUAAUAAUAAUAAUAAUAAUAAUAAUACACAUUUUGUAGUUAAUUGAAAAAGAAAAAUCUACAAUCAGUGUUGAUAUGGUGAAGCUUUCUCUAAAAGAAGCAGUCUUCAGUGUCAAGGUUUCUUCCACAGGAGACUCUUCAGGACAUUAAUGUCAGUAAUGUAGUUAGCUCAAAUACAUAUAGCCCCUAAAAUCAACUCACCUUCAUUUGAAUAUUUUACAGAUAUUUGAUCUUGAUUAUCUGUAAUGUGCUUUCUAGAAAUUGAAAUAUUUUAAUGCUCCCUUAAAGCACAUUAAAACACAGCAUUAUUAUUAUUAUUAUUAUUAUUAUUAUUAUUAUUAUUAUUAUUAUUAUUAUUGUUGUUGUUGUUGUUGUUGUUGUUGUUGUUAUUAUUAUUAUUAUUAUUAUUA